AACUCUGGCGGCCGGCGAUGUUUCCAUUUCUUCGUUUUCUUGAUUGGAUUCAUGGGGCUAUUCAGAACAUUCUACUCAAAUUCUUUUCAUGGUAUGAACUUAAUUUUCACUCCAAUUUCUGAUGAUUCGAUACUCCCAAAUGAAAUCAUAACAGACAUUCUCUUAAUGCUUCCCACCAAAUCUCUCUUGAAAUGUAUGUGCGUUUCGAAAUCAUGGCAUCAACUUAUCUCUAGCCCUCAUUUUGUGAAAACCCAUCUCAAAUUAAACAGAAAUAAUCAUUCAGUUCUAUUUUCAGACAUCAAUGGAAAAUUCAAGUUUUGUUCUAUCAAUUACCUCUUUAACAAACAACAACAAGUUACUCAGGAGCUAUUGCACAUGGAUCCUCCCACUUUGUUGGCUUUUGUUGUGGGUUCUGUGAAUGGGUUGAUUUGUCUGUGCAAUCGCGCUGGGCAGAUGUUUAUAUGGAACCCUACAAUUAGCAAGUCGAAGGAAUUGCUUAAUUCGAAAUGCGGUACCUCUAUCUAUAUCAAAUAUGGUUUUGGAUACGAUGAAUUACAUGAUGAUUAUAAAGCUAUAUAUGUUGAUUAUUCUUACCAUAAUGAUAAUGAUGAUGUGUCCAAAACGAGGAAUGUGGUCAAUGUUUAUAGUUUGAGGGCUGAUUCUUGGACAACAGUAGAUGACCAGCUUCACGGCAUCUAUCUAGUAAAUCAUUACGGUAAAUUUGUCAACGGGAAGGUUUACUGGGUUGCAUCUACUGGUCUUCAUAGUCUAAAGCUGAACAACAUCAUUUCUUUUGAUGUAGCUGAUGAGACAUGGGGUAGCUUGGAGCUUCCCAUUUGUAGAGAAGUCGAUUCUAUUUUCAAGUUGGGAGUUGUGGGGAGCGACCUUUCUCUACUUUAUGCUUGCCAUGAUCUUACUUGUGAUGUCUGGAUUUUGAAGGAUUGCGGAGUUUGGACAAAAUUGUUCACUAUCAAUUAUCCACGAAAUGCUGGGCUAUACAUGCUUGCUCCUCCCAUUUUUACAUUUUCUAUGCAUCUUCAACGGUCAGAAAUAGGUGACAUUUUACUUUCGCUUCCGGGAUAUAUCAUGAUAUUUGAUGGUUCAACCAAAAAAUUUGAGCACACUCCUGAUGUUAAGGGACCCAAUCCUCCAGAAAUCUACGCAGAAAGUAUUGUUAAUCCCCUAAUGAUAUCUGGAAGUGGAAGCUAAUGUUGAACACUAAUCUGUAUUUGCUGCUGACUGCAUGGAUCAAAACUAUGAAGCAGAAUGAAACAGGUCCAAAUGAAGCAAAAUGAUAUCGCGGAUUCAUAUAACUGAUUACUUGUACACAGAGAAUGUUAGGAGGAAACCUUGUGGAUUGUUCCGUUGCUUUACAAGGGUGAAAGAUUAUUAUUACCUGUUCCAGUAAACUAAACAAUUAGGCACUGGAAAUUUCUCACUUUCCGUAUGUUCAGGAAC